AUGUAUUUUCUUCUCUCCUCGACGCGCUAUGAUGCAUCCCUUCUGAAAUUUGGAUGGAACAAUGAUAUCGAUGGACCAUCUCCGUUUUUCAUCCUUCCAUACCACUUCGACCGCCUUCAGGAUGCAGCUGAGCAACAUGGCUGGCAGGAGGCCAAACGUUUGUUAUCCUAUGCGAAGCUGAAGGGGAAAUGUCGUAGCAAGGUUGAGGAGGAAGGCACGGGGCAGGCUGUCAAGGUUCGGAUAACACUUUCUGAGGCAGGAGAAAUAGAAGUGACUGUUUCUGCUGUCCCUCCAUUCCAGGCGAAUCCUAUGAGCCUUGUACACUUCAAUCCAACAUUAGAUGUUUAUCCCAUGAAUGAUCCUGUCGUGUCUGUUUAUCUCGACUCUAUGAGCACGCCCUCGACCCUCUUCACCCGCACAAAAACAACACAUCGAGUACCUUAUGACGAAGCUCGAGCGCGCUCAAAGAUAUCAUCGCCAACCUCGGAGGUCGUUUUAUUCAACGACGAUACUUCCAUAACAGAGGCGUCCAUAUCAAAUGUCUCUUUCUUUCGCGCAGGACGUUGGUUAACGCCCUCCGCAUCCACGGGAUGUCUUCCAGGUGUUGCUCGGAGGUGGCUGCUCAGCAAUAAACUCGUGGAUGAAGAUCAUGAAGAACAGUUGACCACGAAUAGCAUCUCAGAAGGGGAUUGGGUAUUGCUUUCAAAUGGUGUUCAAGGAUGUAGAUUGGGAAAAAUUACACUGAUUCGAUGA